AUGACCGACUCCGCUCAAAUGAUCCGUCGGUUCUCUAUUCGAAUCUACCCCUCCCGCAUAAGUCUCCCAGAGAAGCUACAAUUAGCUCUUCGAAUCAAAAUGGAGAUGGAUCGAUGGCUUGCCGGGCUUCCAGAAAGAAUUAGACCAAAUAUCGGUGUGCGUGGGUCUCCGCGAAGUGCCCCCAAAGAGACCCGAAAUGGGCGAGGAGGCAACGGCUCGUCCUGGGAAUCCCUAUGCCCAUCACGGUUACUCCCUGCUACCCUUCAGCGCGCUAACGGAUUGCAGCGCGCAGGCUCCUACAACGAGAAGAUGCUCCUGCUCCGGCCGUUGUUGAGCCACUUUACUCGGACGUUUCGGCAGCCCCCCUAG